AUCCUCGGAAUGAAAGCCCAUGGAUGAGAAAGAUAAAAGAUUUAGCCAAAAUGUUAUUCCUUCUAAGCUAGGAUGUAUAUUGCUUUUCAGAGUGGGUAUGUUGGGCCCCCUUGUGGCUAAAAAAACACACUUCCUGAAAAUUAGGUAACUUUGAGGCGACUCCUUAAUUCAUAUCUAUUCUCAGUCAGACCAUUUAAAAACUAGAAGAUGUAUGCGAGCCCUGCCAUUAGACAACGUCUCCCUCAGCAACAUGGCAGAUUCUGUCUGCAAGCGGCGCAGUCUCCUGAAAGCUUCACACACCAUCAAGGAGCGGGGCAAGUGGGGCAGCAAGAAAGAGUUUAUCCUCUCUGUUGCCGGGGCUAUUAUAGGACUUGGCAAUGUGUGGAGAUUCCCCUAUCUCUGUUACAAGAAUGGUGGCGGUGCAUUCCUAAUUCCUUACAGCCUCUUCCUUGUGAUGUGCGGCAUCCCACUGUUUCUACUGGAAACAGCACUGGGCCAGUACACCAGCCAGGGAGGCAUCAUGUGCUGGAGGAAGAUAUGUCCUUUGUUUGAAGGGAUGGGAUAUGCCAGCCAGAUAAUAAUAUUUUACGGAAGUGUCAGCUACAUUGUGGUUUCAGCCUGGGCGUUCCUCUACCUUUUCUCUUCGUUUUCUAAAGAGUUGCCUUGGGCGACUUGUAAUAACGAAUGGAACACAGAUAACUGUGUGGUCAUAAACACCUACAAUGUGACGGCUAACUUGACCUCACCUGUGAAUGCAUCAUCAUCAUCAUCAUCAUCCUCCAUCAUGGAAUUUUGGCAAAGGCGGGUGUUAAAUCUAUCUAGCGGCAUAGAGACCUUGGGAAAUUUACGUUGGGACCUUGCCUUGUGCCUUCUUCUGUGCUGGGUCAUCUGCUACUUUUGUGUCUGGAAAGGAGUGAAAUCUACAGGAAAGGCCACCUACUUCACAGCCACAUUUCCAUUCCUGUUGUUAGCAGUGCUAUGUGUCAGAGGACUGACCCUUCCAGGAGCUCUCCAUGGUAUCAACUAUUACCUUUACCCUGAUCCAGCACGGCUUGCAGACCCACGGGUUUGGGUUGAUGCUGGAACACAAAUAUUGUAUUCCUAUGCCGUAUGCUUGGGGUUCCUGACUUCUCUUGGGAGCUACAACAAGUACAAUAACAACUGCUACAGAGACUCCCUCUGUCUGUGCUUGUUGAACAGUGGGACCAGCUUCACAUCUGGGUUUGCCAUUUUCUCAGUUUUGGGCUACAUGUCAGAAAAGCAGGGUGUUGAUAUUUCAGUUGUUGCUGAGUCAGGCCCUGGCCUGGUCUUCAUAGUCUAUCCACAAGCUGUGACCUUGCUGCCAUGGCCUCAGGUCUGGUCUGUGUGCUUCUUCGCAAUGAUCAUCCUUUUAGGAAUUGACAGCCAGUUUGUAGGGCUUGAAAGCAUUAUGACCUCUUUAACAGAUGUCUUCCCCUCCCACAUUCGCAGAGGACGCCACAGAGAAUUAUAUUUACUGCUUAUUUGUUGCAUUAGCUUUGGUUUUGGACUGUUUUUAGUUUCAGAGGCUGGCCCAUAUAUCCUUCAAAUAUUUGAUCACUAUGUGUGCAGUGGGCCCACACUUCUUAUGAUGGCAAUUUUCCAGUCGGUCAUCAUUGGAUGGAUUUAUGGAGCUGAGCGUUUUUACGACAACAUUAAGGACAUGAUAGGCUACAAACCCCUUCCACUGAUUAAGUACUGCUGGAUGUAUGCUACUCCUCUUAUUUGCCUUGGAACCCUUGUAUUCCUGCUGCUGCAACAAAGUCCCCUGAUGUUCAGUAACACGUAUAGGUACCCAUGGUGGGCCUACCAUAUUGGCUGGUUUCUAGCUACGUCUUCGUUAUCUGCAAUCCCUCUCAAUAUGAUUUGGAAACUGUCGAAAGAAGAAGGAACUCUCUGGCAUGUUAGUGUCUCACUAAAAAUUAAUAUGAAACAAGGCCUUCACAAGUUGUCAACCUGUUUGCACUGUUAUUCCUGCUGCAGGAGGCAUUCUGUAACAAUAUGGUUGUUUUCUCCAGCGUCUCAAAACAACCACCCAGGCUGCAGAUGAUCUGACUGUGAUGGAAAAUGAGAUGGGAAGCAUUGAUGCUUCUGUGGCAUGUCCAUGAGGACAGGAACUCUAAAUGUAUUCAUUGACGUGUCUGUCCUUUUUUCUUUGUUUUUGUUUUUUUUAAUUUUUUAAAAUUGUGUAUUCAACAUGUUAUGGCAUCUGCAUUGUUAUUGAAAUGGUGCAACAUUUAAUGUAGCACACUUUAACAAGUUAUAAAAUGAAACACACAAUACA